AUGGAAAGGAAGCUGCGCGCGCCGAGCGAGCCGCUCCGCAGCAGCGGCGUCACGCAGACUGGGCCGUUUGCGGAGUACUACCGCAAGCUGGUCGACAACAUGGCAAGGGCCACGGAAGCAGCGCACGCAGCGUUGGCGAAGGACCAACUGCGUCGCGAGAGGUACUACAAUCGACGUGUACGGCAGGACACGACGUUCGAGGUUGGAGACUUGGUGUGGGUGCUCAAGCCUCCACGAGGCAAGGGCAUCACGAAGUUGGCCCAUCAGUGGGUGGGCCCGGCGAGAAUCGUGCAGUCGGCAGGGUUCGACAACUGGGAGGUCGUGCGCGACGACACGGACGAGCAUUCGAUCGCCCACUGCAGCUUCUUGGUGUCGAGCCGCUGUCCGAGCGACUCGUUGGGCAUGAUCGCGGAGAAGAUCAUCACAGAGUUGGAGCUGGAGGACGACGACGCAGAGCGGCGGAGGAGCGACGGCGGCGACGAGGAGCAAGUCGCAGUGCAGCCCGGUGCGGCGGUGGAUAUGCUGCGCGGACGAGGACGAGCACGAUGGCAGCCGCCAAUGCCGGAGCUCCUGCAAGUGGAGACCGCUGGCUACAUUGUUGAACGAGCACGCCGGCGAGUGCGCAACCGCGCAGGACGCUACGUGCGUGAGCACCAAGUGGAGUACAGCACUGGGCCAUGA